AUGGUUGCUAUCAAGAUUGCUGCUGCUGGCCUCCUCGUCGGAGCUGCCACUGCUUCUCCCUACUACGCCCCUCCCUCCAACGGCACUCACUACACCACCGAGGUUGUCACCGCCAUCACAACCUACUGCCCUGGUGCUACCACUCUCACCUACGGUGACAAGACCUACACCGUCACCUCUGAGACCACCUUGACCAUCACCGACUGCCCUUGCACUCUCAGCUACCCCGUCAAGCCCACCAAGCCCGUGGUCCCUCACCCCGUCUACACCACUGAGGUCAUCACCGCCGUGACUACCUACUGCCCCGAGCCCACCACUCUGACCUACGGCAACAAGACCGUCACUGUCACCGCUCCCGGCACCGUCACUGUCACCGACUGCCACUUCACCACCACCCACCCUGCUUCUGAGCACCCUUACCCUCAGCCCACUCCCGGCAAGCCUGGUAAGCCCGGUUACACUGCUCCCGCUGUCCCCGGCAAGCCUACCACCGCUGCCCCCGUCCCCGUCCCUACUGGCACUGCUACCUACCCCGUCCCUCAGGGUACCAACCCUGCCGUCGUCACCGCUGCUGCCGGCCGCAUCGCCCCCGCUGGCGUUCUCGCUGUCCUCGUUCAUCUGAGCUACACACUUUGCCUUGCAUUAUUCCAUCGUGAUUACCAUCCUUCAUCGUACAAUGUCGCUGAGCGAAUGUCGUGGGCAUCGGCUCGAACCACAACCAGAGAGGAAGACCUGGCCUACUGUUUACUGGGUCUAUUCGAUGUCAACAUGCCCCUUCUCUACGGCGAAGGAGCCAAGUCGUUUAUCCGACUUCAGGACCAGAUUCUCCGACAAGAAGAGGACUAUAGCAUGUUUGCAUGGACUCUCCAGCAAGAUAACCCAAUUGCCGAGUCCGAAACCUCUUCUACUGGGUUUCUGGCCUGGUCGCCCUCGCAGUUCUCCAAGAAUUCUAUACAGGCUCAAGCUCCAAGGCACACGCAGGACCAAAAGAUGGUCGAUCAUGGCCAUGCAUUUCCUCCUCCCUCUGAACCUGAGCUUGAUCUGGAAAAACAGAGCAUCGAAUAUCGAGUCCUGCACGACAAGGACUACGGCCGCAUGUUUCGCGGCCAACGUAGCAUCGUUGCAAUGCAGUCCGUCCUCUCGGAUCCUCUCGAGUUCACCAGUCGCGGUUUACGUAUCAAUCUGCAUGUUCUGUUCCCUACAGAUCUUGACCUGGCCCGCAUUGCAUGGCUAUCCUAUGAGACAGAGGACAGUCUUGUAUGCGUCCUGAUAGAACGUGACUAUGAGUCGGCACGACGACGGGUUUAUUGCAGAGUUAAAUCGUCUUCGCUUAUCGGUGUGCCCAAGACACUGCUCCCGUACUUUAGACCCAUGGAAUUAUAUAUUCGACCGAGUGGCUAUUUCACAGAUUCAAAUAAAUUCGGUAUGAAUCCGCCAUCGUCAAUGUUUUCGUCAAAGCAACUGCAGAUCUUAGCACAGGUCUCAUCGACAACUACACGCUCCCUCGAUAUUGUCUUGACUUACCCAAGUGACGACUGGAUGAAAGGGCAAACUCCAAUGCAUGAGUCCCCAUUCAAGGCUCUCUGGAUUGCUUGCACACAGGACUCUCAAUCUUCACUAUUUCGGAUCGACAUCAUGAUAUCAACUGACGAUGCUUCAUGUACUAUCCGAGAGCUUUCGCAGUCUGGCAGCGACAUCGAUGAGCCUCGUAAGGGCGCUCUCUUCCGGGCUUGUGCGCAGUAUAAGAAAUCUUUUGUUGCACAUACAGACCGUGCUGUAAAACGAUCGGUUAGGGUCCCAGAGACUGUGUUUUCAGCCGUUCUCCGGAAAAUGCCAACUCCCCAUGAGGAUCUUGUGUCUUAUGAACUUCAAGUUAAUGCUUGGGAUGAUCAGGAAAAGGCCAUACGCGGUGAUGGAGUUCCGAGGCUCCUGGAAGACCGUGAUAGUCGUGCAGCUCUUAUCCGGGGCAUUCGUCUACACUACCACCUGGCCAUGAGUGAACCCGUCAGACGCCUCCGCUCUUCAAUGCCUCAGGUCGCUCGAGCCCGCAACGCUCGCCGCAUCAUGAGCAACGACAUACCGCAACGGAUGACGGCGGAGGAGCAGCCACACUGUAAAUGGCAUCCCGACAUGGCCACCGAGGACACCUACCGCUCACUAGCCUCCAAAUUCCCCGACAUGCGCUAUCAGGUCGGCCGUGCCUGUACUGCAGCAGGUUAUCAUGUCCUUUAUCAGGAGCUUGAUCUCCUGCCUGAAGUGUCCAUCGCCGAAGAGGCGCGAGAAAGCGAGACAAAUGGUGGGAAACUCAUCUAUGACGAGAUUAUGAGUUUCAAACAUGGCUAUUCCAUCAUGGACGACUGCAAGCGCACUAUUGAAUUGAUGGAAUAUGAAUGCCCGGCGUAUCUGAACGGCAACACCGAAGUGCGAUGGCGCUUGGCAGCUCGACAAGGCAUUACACGCUUGUCCAACGACGACCUCCUCCCAUGCAUCGAAGAAGACAUGCAUCUUGGACUCGAGGACCAGGAAUUAGAUGAAAAGUAUGGCAAACUGACCGAUGACGAGGUCAAGUUGCUCUAUAGUCCUUUGCCUCGGGAUCUGCCGACUGUGAAGAAGACUUUGUUGACACAGAUGGCCGCCCACGACGGCAACAUCGAACGCUAUGCCCAGCUCGCCAAUUCUGGAAGAACCUUGACGCAAUUAGACCAGGACUGUGUCAUCCGUGGUGUCUUGAAUCACACUAUGUAUGCUCGCUGGUGGGCGGACCAGAUCAAGAACGACACCGUCUAUGCUAGAUCUGUCCCAUACGUGUGGGAUAUUCAGCAAGCCAUAAUGGCCCGCCGCAUCAUGCUCAACGGCCCUUCCGCGUUUGAAGACGGCUGGCCACCCGGAGUCCCGAUGCCCUACAUUAUCUGGUGGCCCCUGCAACCGCAGCCUGAUAUGCUUAGUCUUCUCGCCAUAAAGGUGCCUGAGAUGAAGAGGCAGUGCGCGGCGGCAGCGAUUGUCUACGACUACGAGAAUGUUUAUAAGAGCCUUGACCCAGAUCCGAGCUGGCACCUAGCAUGUAUGGCUCCGUGGAAGUACUUAGUACGAGCGCCGUCCAGCUCAGAAUCUGGAAAGGCAUUGGAAAGGUAUCGCCAGUAUCUUGACGCCUCGGCAGUUGAAGCAAGCAUCCUCAACCCGAAAUCUAGCCAUUGA